UGUAGGCAUUGACACGUGACCGCCAUCCCGAACACGGCGCAACGAUGCAAGUCCCUCGUAAGAUGAAGGUCAAGAAAGCCGACAAGGAAGUGUCUGAGUCCAAGCGUCAUGCAGGAACGAUCCAGUUUGAAGCGCGACAGGGACGAGAACGGACAAAUUCUGAAGAAACCGCGAUGAUUCUGACGAGCAUGUGCAUGAGCAGCAGCACUGCCCCGUCUGUCAAGGCCUCCCUGGUCGACGGGGCUGGUGACAAGGUUCACAUUAAGACCGAGGAUGGUGAAAAUGAUGACGAAACAUUGAUCAACCCAGGGACGAAGUACAUUCCGUCCCUCGCUCGCUUUGACGAGGCAGACCGGGCCAAGUACAUCUCGUCGUAUGCGAAGUUCAAGGAUGAAGAAGAUGGAGAGGGGUGGAGCUCAGACGGGUCUGAAAGCACUAAACGGCGAAAUGUUACCAACGCUGCGAAUCGAAUGAAGUACCACGCGACCAAGUUCAUCUCGAUUGAAGAACUCAGAGAGCAUUUUGACCAACCCAUUGUCGAAGUGGCGCGGUACUUUGGUAUUUGCAUCACGUUGAUGAAAAAAGUGUGCCGUCGUAAUGGGAUCAAGCGGUGGCCGCAUCGUCAAAUUCGGUCGCUGACGAAGAGCAUCAGCUCGAUGGAAGCCGCUAUGAUGACUGCAACGGGAGCUGAGCGUGAAAAGUAUGAAGGACAAAUUCAAACCCUGAAGAUGAAGCGCGAUGCUGUGAUUGCGGACCCAAACAAGGAAGUGUCCGUCUCACUUUCAAAAAACGAAUGCAAGGAGGAGAAGAAGGGCGAGAACAACGAUGACAUGAUGCUGGAUGAGAACAUGGGGUCUGACAGCUCCGGCAGUCCUCGGCAAAACUCCUCCGCGGGACUGACAAAGGACGACGCGUUGCCGCCAUUUAUCCUUCCUGCGACACGACCCCGACCACCGCCGCAACAAUACGAAGCUAAGGGUGGUCGAUGGACCUCCCAGGAACAUGCGGCGUUCCUCGAAGGCAUCAAGUUGUUCGGAAAAAACUGGCGCCGAGUGGCACAGGUGGUUGGCACACGCAACGCGGUGCAAACCCGCACGCAUGCGCAAAAAUACUUGCUGAAGACAAGUGCCCAUUUGGAUUUGCAUUUGGCGUUGCUCAAGAAAGAGAGUGAAGAUGGCGACGAAGUAGACGAAGAUGCCAACCACGCCGCGUUCCUCACGUCACUGACAACCCCUCGCCGAGCCAAGACAUCAACUGCACCGUCAUCGUCGUCCCCACCGAAAGAAGUGGUUGCUGGCAUGGAUCGACUCAGCUCUCUGAUGUUGAAAGCAGAAUCCAUGCACAGCCACAUGUUGGAGGCUUCCGAUUCCAUCCGGUCGCCUUUGGAUGCCUUAAACUUCUCCGCCCCCUUGCUGUUGAGCUCCUCGAGUAAUUGGAAUGGAAGUGGUCCGGACAAGUUGCCUGAGCCUUCUGGGGUCGUCGAACCUCUGCGCAAGAUCGUCCUGGGGCGCAAAGCUGAGUCGGAGUCACCUGACACGAAAGUCUCCAAAAAGCUCAAAGUCGAAGUGUCUCUCGACGACAACGAAAAUUUGCGGCCAAGCUAUGCCAACGUCAACCAUGCCACGGACGAACAUGCUGUGCGUGGCAUCGACUCUAAGGACACCACCGCUGUGGCUGUAAAACGUGAAGCCAGCAACGAUGGAUUUAUCGAAAUGGAAAAGCUUCCUGUUGUUGGGGAGCAAUUGUUCAAGGAUGAACCACGUGGAGGCAACUCUGCUGUAUCCCUUGGGGAGAUUGGGAUGAACGAUGCCCCUUGCCCCAACAAGGCGAUCUUUCACGUCGAAGAUUCCAUCAACCGAACAGGGCCCGACGAACCCGUGGAAGAGCCGACUCCGGCGAAUGAAAAGGAGAUGGCGCACAACACCUUUGAAAACGACAUGGGCGAAUUCUGCCCGCAGAUUUAAGACGAGGAACGUGUAUUUAUUGCAGAAACCUGUAAUAUCUGUGUGUCGUGGCGACGUAUGGUUGCGCGUUGAUGCCUUGGACCAAAAGGGAUGAUGAUCAAUGUUGAAGCCUACUUAACACAAAGAAUCGGACUUUAAACAUCUUAUCCUCUUCGCGCGCGGCAAGCCACGGAAAUCUAAUGGUGGUGGUGGCCGGCGUUGGGGUUUUUGUUGUCCAACUUGAAAUACUUGUUGAAUCGGGGCACGUAAUGCACCUUGCCUUCUUCCAAGUUGAACCAGACGAUGUAAGGGGAGUCGUUGUGCGAGAUACCAACAGUGCGGGUGUGGUUAAACGAAGGAACCAAGAUGGGGUCAUUCUUCGAGUUGCCUUGGUUUUCUUCCGACGCAAUAGGAUCGCGGUUGAACAAUUCAAUACCUUGUUCAGCGAGCUUCAAUUCUUCCCCUUGGCGACCCACAGCUUGAUCAAUCAUGUUGGGCACAUCACGUUCCAACGACGAGAAGGCGCGGACCGACACCGAUCGCUUUGCGACGCUCUUGACAAUGCUCAACAUCACGGUUUCCACUAAAAGCUGAAAUAG